AUGAAUAUCCAAAGACAAGCUUUAAAAACAGAAAUAAAAUCAUUGCAAAAUGUAGAAAGUGAUAAGUUGUAUUUUUCUAUUUUAGUAGAAAACACUUUAAAUAUGGCUUUAUACAAUGUUUCAAUCAAAACUUUUAUUCAAAAUCUUCAAAAAACACAAAAAGAAUCGGAAAUACAAAUUAUUACUUAUAAUGAGGAGGUUUUACAAAUUUUUGAAUUUGAUCAACAACCAAUUUUAUUAAGGGAUUCAAUAAAAGAGAUAAAAUUUUCCAAAACAAGUAACCAAGCAAAUUUUGGAUUGGCUUUACAAGAAUGUUAUAAAAAUAUUGAGUCAUUUAGAUCAGAUACUUCUAUUUCUAAUAUUAUAAUAUUUUCAAGUGGAAUAUCAAGUGAUGAUUCAUCAGAUGGUUUAGUUGAAAUUAUGAGUUUAGAAAAUAAUUUUAUUUAUGGUAUUGCAGGUUGUGGUGAAGAAGGAGUUAAGAAUUUACAAACAUUAUUACCAGAUAUAGUUGUGAUUCCAUUUAGCAAAAAUCCAAGUAAAGAUAUUUCAAAUUUAUUGAAAAGUUCAGAUUUAAAUUCAGAACAAGGAUCAUCAAUUAAUUGUCCAAUUAAUAUUGAAGUUUUUCCACAUUCAAAUGAAACUCAAUCAAUUAAAGAUGAUUUAUAUUUAGACAUAGUUUUAAAACCAGAUGGAAAUACAUCAUGUAUACCAUCUGGUUCAAAAAUUAAAUUUUUACCAAGUAAAUAUUACUCUGGAUAUACAAUUCAAAUUAAAAAUGAUAUUUUAUUUGGUCACCCAUAUGAAGAAACAAUUAGAUUAGAUUAUAAAAAGGGUCAAAUUGAAAAGAGCCAAUAUCAAAAUUUCCCAUCGCAUAUUGAAUUUAAUAUUGAAUUAUUUAAUGAUAAAGAAAAUAUAAUUGAAGGAUUCAUUUGGUUAAAUAUUUGUUACUUUUUAGGUGACUUAAAAUCAAAAUAUAGAGUUUCAAUUGGUGUUGAAGGUGGUAUUGGAAAUGGUAAAAGUACAUGUUUAAAUGGAUUUGUAAAUUUAUUUAAUCCAACAUUUGAUUUUGUUGAAUAUUUUAUUGCAAAUCGUUCAAAUGGUGACCAUGUUACAAGAUCUGUGGAUUGUACAUCAUUAAAAGAAAUUUUACAAUCAAAAUAUGAUAUUCAUCCUGUUCAAGAAUCUUUUAAGGAUAUCGAUAUUGUAUGGACCGAUACAUGGGGUUUUGUAGAUACUGAUGUUGAGUUAAAACAUAAAGCCGAGGGUAGAAUUCAUCAUGGUACAUCAAAAAAUGAUUGUUUAAUUCAACUACCAAAUGAAGAAUAUCGUAUUGAUUGUUUCAUAUUUGUUGUUUCAAUUAGAAAUUUCAAUGAUGCAACAGCAAUGUCAAAAAUUGAAAAAAAAAUUCAAGAAGUUAUAAAAGUUGGUAUAACACCUUUGAUGGCAAUUACAUUUGUUGAUUCACUAACUAAAAAUGUUUUCCAAGAACUUUUAAAUAAAGUAAAUGAAUUAUCAAUUCAAAAAUCAAAUACUUUUAUUAUUAAUAAUUACACUGAAAAUGAAACAACUAAAGAUAUUUCAAAAGAUAUUCAAUAUCUUAGAUUAUUAACAAAAGCAGUUCAACUUUGUAAAAUUAAAAAUGAAAAAGAUUUAAUAACUCAAAGUAAAAAUCAAAAUCAAAAUUUAGCUCCUUCAAAAUCAAAUGAAACAUCAUUUUUACAAUCAACAAUUAAUAAUAUUAUUUCUCCAAUUAAACAUACAACAACUAAACAACCUAUUUUUUCAAUAGAACCAAAAACUAUUACAGUUACAAUCGAUAUCAUUCAAGAUAUUAAUUCUGAAAAAUUUUUACAAACUUUUGAAAUUGAAGCAAUUUUAGAUCAUACAUUUUUAGAGUUAAAAGAUAUUUUAAGAAAUGAAAUUGAUCCAAAUAUUAAUAUUAGUGAUUGGAAUUUAACAAAAGAAAAUGGAACAAUUUUAUUAGAUUCUUCAAAAUUAUCUUCAAUUUGUAAAAAUUUAACAAUUGAUUCCAUAAAGUUAGUUUUAAAGAAAAAGGAAAAAUUAAUUAAUUAA